GUUUACAUUACAGGGAGACGAAGAGCGAGGAUUUCAAAUUUUAGUUCAGUUUUUCUUCGGUUUCGUUUGAGUCUGCUAAGUUUAUGUGGCUUAUGUGAUGAUUGAUGUUGCUUUUAUGAGUGGAAGCAGAACUUCAAUAUGGAAAAUGAAUUCUUAAUCAGGGAUUAUGAAGAAACCGUUAGGAAGCAGGCAUUAUUAAUUGCGAGACAACAGGCGUUAAUAGAUGACCUGAGAGAAGAGCUGACAACACAGCAGACCCAAUCGGCUUCAACCAACAAGCAAAACCAGAGGCGAAUUGACGCUUUGUUGCAACAGAUACAGUCAUCAGCUAUACAGGAUUCCGGUGAAGAGAUUCUCUUACUGAAGAGAGAAGUUGAGACUGCCCAGAAGGAAAAGGAACUUUGCCAAGCAGAGAACAGCAGACAGACUCUUGAAAUUGAACGACUGCAGCAAGACCUGGUUGGAUUACAAAAUGCAACCAGUGAUGCUCAGAUCCCACUCCAAGGCCAAUUUAGUGAUGAAUAUGUAAAGGUUGUGGAGGCUCUGGAGGAAGAGACAAACAGACUGCGAAGAGAACUGAAAAGAUUGGAAGAUGAAAAGGUUGAAAUUCUCAAAGUCAACAUUGGACUGAAGAAAAAGAUUAUAAUUUUCCAGGCAUCAUCUAUAGAGACAAAUCUAGAACAAGAACUUCAAAAGAAUCAGGCACUGAAGGCAACAUUAGAAGAGAAAGAAAGCGCAGCACUGGAAAUAAGGGACACCUAUAGAACCCUGAAUGCCAAAUUCUUAGAGCAGAGUGAUGACCUGAGGACUCUAAUUGCUCAGACAGAGGCAUUGCAGAAGAGCAAAGAUCAGAUGACGAAAGUUCUUUCAAACGUGAAAGAAAAAUUAAACGAUGCUCAGAGGCGAGUAGCUGACAGUUUACGAAUUGCAGAAGAUUCUCUCGUGGAAAAAGAUGCAGCUCUGUUGAGAGAGAAACAUGCACUCAAUGAAGUACGGAGGCUUGAAAGUACAGUAGCAAGUUUAAUGGAAGAAGCCGGGCUGAAAGCUAAGGCAGAGGUAAACAAGAUUAAAGAUGACUACAAUGCCAACAUAAAGAAAUUGUCUCAGGAAGUGGCUCAGCUGGAAAUGACUUUAAAUCAGAAGCAGUUAGAAUGCGACAGAAGUUUACGUGAACGGAAAAAAAUGGCUGAGGAAGUUGAACGUUUAAUGACAGAAUUAAGCAACAGAAAAGAGCAACACAGAGCAGAGACAUUAAACCUGCAUGAUCGCAUCAACGUUUUAGAAUCUAAAAUUACAAAUACAAUAGCAGAGAAGAAGAGUGUUUCUGAUCAGAAUGAACUGAGCAUGAGAGACUAUGAACAGCAGAAAGAGGAAUUGUUCCACAGGAUACAGGAACUGGAACAGCGACUGAGUAUUUCACGUAGCGAGUGCGAGGCCUUGCGUUUAGAAUGCGAAGAGAUUAGAAGUGCAAAUACUAAUGCUACAGCCACUUUAGAAAGGGCAAAAGAAGAUGGCGAAUCCAGUGAAAAGUUUUUGAAGAGGCAGUUAAGACUGAAGACAGAGGAGCUCGAAGAACUAUCAUCGUCCAGCAGAGUCCGACUGGAUGCCCUAAAUUCAACGCACCAAGAAGUUGUGACGCAGCUGCAGGAUAAUAUUGCUAGUCUCCAAGGAAGCUAUACAAGGCUACAGGUGCAAAUGAAUGAUCAGAGAAAAGAAAGUGACCUGAAGGUGUCGGAGGUCAGUCGACGCCUGCAGGAGUGUCAGAGCAAGAGUCAGCAGUUAGUGCGUUCAUUGCACGAAGCCAGUACUAACUUGGCCAUUGCAAGAGAUCUCAAUUCUCAUUAUGAGAAAAGGAUUCAAGAUGUGGAAGAUCGCCUUCGUGCAUCAGAGAAGAGGUUUGUUACCCUGAGAAGUGGAUCCAGGCAAGAUGAAGGCUUAUAUAAGCCUACAUGUUGAUAUUCAUCAAUACAUAUCUCUAAUUGUUCCUUCUAUGAACUAAAAAUUGUUUUAUCAUAGUCUUGUUAUAGAUUGCUCAAAACUUUUUAUAGAGUGAGAAACAGAAUGACUGAACACUCUACCAUGCGGAUACACUAGCAGAAAAAUUCAUGGUACACAGAGUAGGUUAAUUCAGUUCCAAAGGUGAAAUUCUGCAGGAUUUUGGAAAUGUCUCGUUUUUCAGGAAAUCUAUCUUGUGUAUCUCGGGUAUUAAUACCAGUGAUAGAGCUGUUGGGAGUCUUUCUUCUCAUGGUUAAAAAAUGUCAAUUUAUCAGACUUUUUUUCCUAUAUGUUAAAAGUGUAUCCUGCUUUUAAUUGAUACAUAUUUUACCAUUUCGUAUUUUUCUAAUUGUCAUCUUUUAUUUACUUAUAUAAUGACAUUUGAAAUAUUGUUUACUUUAGAAGUGCAUGGCAUAAUACCAAAUCAGACUUAUAUAAUGAGUCCAAUUUUAUUUAUACAUUUAUAAUAUUUUUUUAAAUUAAAAAGAUAAUGGAUCCAAAUA